AGAAGUCAUAAAAGGCAGUGAAUAUUGAAUUUGUUUGACAUGAAGUGUUACGUCCUUUUAGUAGCGUGCGUAUUAGCGCUAACCAGUGCAAAUCCAGUGCAGCGAGCAGAUUGUCCAGCUAACGAGAACCCGAAUAAUCCAACGCAUCUGGCGCAUGAAACGGAGUGCUGUUUGUUCUAUAAAUGUGACAGAGGACUAGCUUGGUUGAUGUGUUGUCCUGCUGGUCAACAUUUUUCGGUCGCUCUGAGAAGAUGUGAAUUCCCGUGGACUGCACAGUGUUCUCUUCCGGUGCAAACAUGUAGUGGAUGCAGUACUCCGGCUCCUACUCCAGCGCCAACAACUACAAUCGCACCUGUUCCUACACCGGCUCCAACACCUGCUCCCACACCUGCCCCUGCUGAUACCCCAGCACCUACACCAGCACCUACACCAGCUCCUACACCUGCGCCUACACCAGCACCAACAGCACCAACACCGGCUCCUACACCGGCUCCGACACCAGCGCCAACACCAGCACCGACACCUGAACCAACAACGACGACUACCCUAGCACCUACCACAACCACCAUUGUCGUCCCGACAGCUCCAACCCCGGCACCUUCAAUACCCACGGCGCCAACACCCGGCGUCACAACCACAACGGAAGCCAUCACUACAACAACUGUUGGUGUCCCAACUGUACCGACUGAGGGAGUUCCCACUGUCCCUUCUCUGCCAUAGUGCUUCGAAACUACCCCAGCUCAACCAAGUACACCUGCUACUCAUGCCCUUAAUUGGCAAAACAACUCUAGACCGAUAAGACUUACGAUAGAUUAACUCGCUAAUUUAUAAUAUCUGCCGAUAACAAGAAACAAAUUUGUGAAUUAAAAGAUAAGCCAUCUGAUUGACAAUAAACGACAAUUAGAUUCCACAUUCC